AUGACUCUACGUGCAGUAGAGCAGAAGGCAGCAAAGGCAAGGGCACGGAAAUCACUACAGAAAGGAGGGCAGUUAUAUGCAUCAGAUGCACGGAAAAUGCGGGAAGAGAAGGAAGCAAAGUUGCAAGCAAAAGCAGACGCAAGAGCAGCAAGGGAAUCGGACCAAGUAGUAAAGCAGCUACAAGUGCAAGCACGUAAAAUCGAAAUUGAAGAGCGUAAGGUUGAGAGGAAGCGGGUAGCAGAGCGGAAGCGGGUAGCAGAGCGGAAGAAGGAAGGGUUGAAAUUGUUACGAUAUCAAGUGCGCCUUGCAGCUCGAGUGGGGGUUCAGGGGUGUGGGGAGCUUUCCGGGGUUGGAGCGAAGUUUUCAGUUGUGGAGUGA